UCUGAGGUCGGGUCACGAUUGAGGAAGGGAAGAUCCCUUGGGAAUAUUCCCUCCCGCCAAAAGACAAUCAAUGCCUACUCGUUCGUCUCUCAAUCUCAUCUCUCAUAAACGCUCUUGUCGUCGCAUACAUCAAAUCCAUAUCCAUUCAUUCCACCGUACAUCUCCUCCUCUCACCCACUUGGCCCCUCCCAUUUUGCUCUUCAAAGAUGAACGGAGCUCCCCCGUCGCCAGAAGAGCAGGAGCAGCUCAUCGAGAAGUCCGAGGUCUUCAAGAUCAGGGGCCACGACAAGCGCGGCCGAAAGAUCCUCCGUGUCGUCGGCAAAUUCUUCCCCGGUCGGUCAGUGACGGCGGAUGCAGCGAUCAGGUACUUGGAGAAGAGGAUAUAUCUGAGGCUGAGCAAGAGGGCAUUCUGCGUGGUGUACGUCCACACGGGCGUGCAGAGGGCCGACAACUUCCCUGGCUUCUCGGCCCUCCGGGUGAUCUACGAGUCGAUCCCGCCCUAUGUAAAGGAGAACCUCACCGUCGUCCAUUUCGUCCACCCCGACCUACAGUCUAGGCUCUUCUUCGCCACCUUCGGCCGCCUCCUCUUCGGAAGAGAGUUGUACGAGAAGCUGAGGUACGUGAGCAGGCUUGACCAGCUGUGGGACCAAGUGAGGAGGACCGAGAUCGAGAUCCCGGAGUUCGUGUCCGAUCACGACGACGACGAUCUCGAGUACCAUCCGGUAAUCGACUAUGGCUUGGAGAGCGACCAUCCCCGAGCCUACACUGCACCCGCUUCAGUGGAUUCCACCGUACUCUCGACCUUCUCCAUGCGUUGCAUCUCAUAGCUGGAAGAAACAUGGUCUCGAGAGAAAAUUAUGGAAAUUCUGUGAAUAUAGUGAGAGAAUAAUAGACCGGAUCCGUAUCUUAUAAGAGGAUUUCUAUUCGAUUAUGUUCUAUUGCAGAGAUCUUGUCUGAAUCUGAGGUUGACUGAUUCAGACCGGAUGCUCGUAGCUAAAUUGAUUGUAUAUGUUGUUAUUGUCGAUAUGAGGAAAACGAUAUUAAGUUACUGUUAGGCGUGAAUCGGUCGGCACGAGAAAUCGAAUUAAGCCACGGCAUUGUGAGUAGUAGCAG